AAAUUCAGCUUGUGCUGCUCAGCCCAGCUCAACGUCUUCUGCCGCGCAAGCCUCGAGUUCUGGGGCGGCAACGUCUGUAACAGGAAGUUCAGCAAUUCCGACUUUCUUAGUAUCUUCACCCACGACAGCAAUUAUUGGAAGCGCGAGUUCUGGGGGUGAAACUACUUCAACGGGAAGUCUCAGCUCCGGUACAGGUGUAGGAGGUUCAUCAACGAUAUCAGGUUCGAGUUCUAGUGUGUCUGUGAUUGGAUCCAUGGCCAAUUUAUUUUCUGGCAGCUCAUCCCCUCAAUACUCGAUUUCAACUACGGAAAUGCCCUCCGAGAUCACAUCAACAGUAUACACAACCAUCACGUACACAAUCACUUCCUGCCACCCAACAGUCACAGACUGUCGCAUAGGUCAUCUCACGACCGACACAAUUUCAGUCUACACAACAGUCUGUCCAGCAGACUCUACACCACAACCCACAGAACCGACAUUUGUAAUUGGAAUCCUGGUUACAAUUAUCAUCAACAUCACUGUUGAAGUAGUUGUGAACGAGAUCAGUGGGCUCACAGAAACAUUCUUCGUCACGGAGACAAUCCUCACCGAGAUAGCGAGUUUAUGUAAUACCGCUACUGACGACGAACCAUGCUAUGCUUGCGCUCUCACCUCUCAAGGUUUUACAUGUCCAAGUUCGGAUGUCACAGCCACGAGGACCCUCUGUCGCAGCUCCCCUUCCAACGCCCCACUAUGCAAUACUCCACUUGUUAUUCAGACUUGCUCAACUUGCUCGCCGAUUACACUUAGCUCAGGCGCACCUCCAACAACAUCAUUAUCAGAACCUAGGCUAACGGCUGUUCCACCUCCACAAAACAAUCAAGAGAUAGCUCCCUCGAGAUCGCCGAUUGAUCUUAAUGAGAUACCAGUUGUCACUUCAACUCUAUACGCGGUAGCCAACAAUCCACCCCCGGCGCCGAAUACUGAAUCAGGAUACGAUUCUGAGACUAGCUUGCCACCACCGGUGCCGAGCUCAAGUGGGGGAUUAUCUCCGCCGAUACAGCAGGGCGGUGCUGGUGCAUUCAGUUCCGGCGUACUGGUUGUGUUGCUAGCCGUGUUAGGAGCUUUGGUAGAUAUUUGAGGUAUCCGUACAGUAGAAGGUGGGAAAAGAGAUUUCUUUGGUAGUUCUGACUUCAUGUGUUUCUCCUCUUCUUGAUAUUGAUUUCUGUUGGGGAGUUUAGUUUCGGUGAGUUAGUUACGUAGUCUAAGACCCGGAAUAGAAUUCGUUUCUUCCAA